AUGACUGCGAAAGAAACUCUGGAUGAAGUAGAUUGGGAAACAACUCAUAACUGUAUUCACAAAUUAUUAUGUGGUGUUCAUUCAACUGAAGAGAUUAAACAUUCCAUCGAAAAUCUAUUCAACAAGUUUUUACUUUCGAAAUCUGACAAUUCAAUUUAUGGAUUCUUCCAAAGAGAGUAUUUUACUUUUAUGGAAUUACAUCCAUAUAGACGAUAUUGCAUUAUACAAUUUAUUCUUUUAUUAGAUCUAAAUUACAUUUCCGAACGUCUUUUAGUCGUUUUGUCCAAUAAUGAUCUGGAUCAUGUCAAUUGGUCUCAUAUUCUUCAAUUGAUAUCUGUUAUGAUUACAUGUAUUAAAGGAGGUGUGUCCACUGUUAAAUUUAUAAUUCAUCAACUUCUAUUGUCAUUAUUCAAUUCAAAUAUGAAUUAUAUCAACAAUGAUAAUGUUGAUUUAGAUUGUUUACAUUUAUUAGAUGAUGUAUUUAUUCAUAAAAGUCAAUUGAAUGUUUUAACAUCAAUUAAACAUGAUAAACAAUUAUUGAUAGGAGUUUUAUUAAUUGCACGUCAAUUAUGCUCAGAAGAUAAUCGAUUGACUGGGAUAAAUUAUAAACAAUGGUGGAUGGAAACAUUUUGUAAUCCAUUACUAUCAACACAUAAUAAUAAUAGUAAUAAUAAUACACAGAAUGUACUUUCAUCACGUUGUGCUGUAGUUUAUUUUUGUGAUUUACUCAUUGAACUAUUACCUUGGGAAACCGAUCCAAAAUUUCUACAAAUUCAAGUCAACACUCGACCUAAUUGGUUUAAUCUUGUAAAAAGAUCAAUGAAUAAUAAUCGAAUCAAAAUUCAUACUGAUAAAAUUCGUGUAAAACCGACUGAAUUAAUUGUGUCAUUCAAUGAAGAUGAGUUAAUAAUCCCGAUUGAUUUGGAAUGUACAAAUAUGAUAACUGAUAGUAAUAAUCAUAAUCAUAAUACCUACAUAGAAUCUUGUAUAAAUCGAUGGAAUGAUUAUUGUGAAAUUGCACAAGGACGGUUAGCUGAAUUAAGGGAACACUGUUGUGCAACAAAAAUGGUCAUAACGGAUAAAAAAAUCUCUGAUUGUUCAGAUGCUUAUACUACUCCAGGAUGGAGUGAUGUUCUAAAUUGGCUAAAUGAAAUCGCGACACAACGUACUGUUGAUUAUUGUAGUGGUGAUAUUUCUAAAUGUCGAUUACCGUCCGAAUGGAAUGAAGUAAAUCUGUUUCGUCCACGUUGGCUUCGAUCUACACUGAUUCCAGCUUUAUUAAAUGCACCUGAAAUAGAACAUUUAUCAGCUGAGUUAAAAUUUGCACGUGAACAAUUAUUACAGGGGAUACGGUCAGCUGGUUUAUCACAUUUAUUGAAUCAUACAGAAGAAAAAACCUCUACCACAAAGACGAUUACGAAAGCAACAACAACAACGAAGAGGAAGAAGAAACGACCAACGUGUACUCCAUAACGAUCUUCAACAUCUAAACAAUACAGAAUUUCUACUUAAAGCGAAUUCUACAAUGAAAGAAAUAAAAAUUAAUAGCCGUACAAUUAAUACUUAAAACGAACUAGAUAAAAAAGCUGAAAAGAUUGAGAGAGGAUAUGUAAAAAUACAAUAACUGAUAACUUUAUUAUUCUUAUUCUUAUUAUCAUCACAAUAAUAAAUAGAACAGAUACAAUAAAUGAACAAAUUUACGCUGAAUGAACCUUGCUAUGAACUCACUAAACUGACAAUGUUUAGUAGCUUGUUAUAACUGAGAGUAUUAAGUGACUGUGUUUACUUCAACAAUAAGAGUUAUACUGUAAAGGAAAGUAAAAUAUGUCAAUGAGAUCGUUUAUUGUGAGUAUAAAGUUGUGGAGGUUGUUGAAUUUCAUUAAGUUCACGAACCAAUCAGAGUGAGACAAUCAUUGGAGCUCCUCAGCAAUGCACAUCCACUAAUCUUCAAAGAAGUCAUACAUUGAGAUGGUGGAGAUUUGUAGCUUAGGUGGAUGAUUUUGAUGGAGUUUUGUUCUCUG